GGAUGCCAAGCAUUCAAACGACCUGCACUCGUGGUUGAUUCUUCAUGCAUAGCAAUCGCAGUCUCAGCCUCUCAGGCUCACAGUGGUAGGAAGUUUGCAGGGUCGCGCCCGUGUGAUUGCUGAUCAAUGGACACGGCGCGGCGCUCGCCGGUCUGCCUCGACCUCAUGGUCGGGCUUCCCAUGGUCCGCGAGCCGUCUCCGGCGAGGUGCGCCGGAAUGAGAGCCGACGCUGGCAUUGUUGGCUCGGCCUGUGGCAGAGCAGCUUCCACCACCAUGACCAACGGCGAGGCUAAAAUCCUGGAGGCCAAGUUCACGGAGGUGAGCGAGGAGAACCGGAGGUUGACAGAGAUGAUCGGUUACCUGUACGCUAAUAACCAGAACUUCGCGCGACAGGGCCCCGAAGGCGAGGGCGAGCAGCCCGCGAGUACAGCCGCGUCGCCGACAUCGCCGGUGGGCAAGAAAAGGGGCAGGGAGAGCAUGGAGACGUCGGAUUCCGGCGAUGCCAACAGCGACAAGAAGAUAAACAUGGUCGAGGCCGAGCAUGUCGACGUCAAGAGCCCGCUGAGCAACGGCACUUGCCGGAGAAUCAAGGUCAAGAGGGUCUGCACCAGGAUCGACCCAUCGGACACGAGCCUCGUUGUGAAAGACGGGUAUCAAUGGCGGAAGUACGGACAGAAGGUGACACGGGAUAAUCCCUCCCCCCGAGCCUACUUCCGAUGCGCCUUCGCGCCGUCCUGCCCUGUCAAGAAGAAGGUGCAGAGAAGCGCGGAGGACAGCUCGGUGGUGGAGGCGACGUACGAGGGCGAGCACAACCACCCGCGCCCCACGGGGGCCAGCGAGCUGCCGAGCUGCGCGGCGCAGGGCGGCGGCUCGGUGCCGUGCUCCAUCUCCAUCAACUCCUCCGGCCCGACCAUCACGCUGGACCUCACCAAGAACGGGGGAGGCGUGCAGGUCGUCGAGGCAGGGGAGGCGCAACCGGACCUGAAGAAGGUGUGCCGGGAGGUCGCGUCGCCGGAGUUCCGGGCGGCUCUGGUGGAGCAGAUGGCCCGCGCGCUCACCGGCGACCGAAAGUUCACGGACGCGCUCGCCGCCGCGAUCCUGCGGAAGCUGCCCGAUUAUUAGCAUCCAGUAGAAGCUAUCGAGACUGUGCAGCUUCAGAAACUUCCACCCGUGCAGCUUCAGAAAAGAAGUUCUAGCACUUCUCUGCUCAGAUUUAGGGCCUAGUUCUUCCCGAAUUGUACAGCGCAAUUUGCAAAUUUUCUUGCUAUUUGAGGAUCUGAAUCCUACCACUGGAAAAUAAUGUAUCGAGGAAAAGAAGGUAUGGAAAAAAAUAACUUGAAUCGUACA